AUAAGUGCAUAGAAUGACAGAUUAUGCCAACAUCAAGCCAUGAAAAAGCCAGGGGAUUAGAAGUUUGUCUCUAUUGACCAAUAUGAUUUGAUGCAGUGCACCAUAUGUUGAUUCUGUAGAUACAGUAGAGCUCCCAGGUGUCUUACGUGAAAUUCAUACCAAGAAUCUGAGGCUGAAUUUGAUUGAAGUUGUGAGCAGUUCCUUCCUUUGAUUAUAGCGGAUCAGUAUGAGUUUGGUGGCGACUUGAACUUUGAUUUCACCAAAGUAGAUCCCUCCUUAUGGGGGGAGCUAGAACAAUGGAGAAAGGACAACACGGGCCCAAACAUAGACGCCCCGACAACAAAACAAACAACAACAAUGCAACAUGAAGUAGAAAAGUCUGUUAACAACCAUAUGAAUACCAUCAAUAUGGCUGCCCUUGGGGCACAGAAACAGCAAAAGGCAAACUUAGCAGAUUACGGAGAGGGAAUGGAAGAGGAUGAUUAUACAUCUGAAAUACAAGAUGACUCUAAGAAAGGAGGAAACAAGCAAAAUCACAGUGAAAUUGAGAAGCGUCGACGUGACAAAAUGAAUGGUUACAUCACUGAGCUGUCGAAUAUGAUCCCAAUGUGCAAUGCCAUGGACCGUAAACUAGACAAAUUAACGGUUUUGCGGAUGGCUGUUCAACACAUGAAAAGCAUACGAGGUGCAAUUUCUCCCUUCACUGAAGUAAGUCAAAAACCUGCUUUCCUCUCGGAUGAUGAACUUCAACAUUUAAUUCUCAAGGCUGCUGAAGGAUUUCUAUUUGUUGUUAGCUGUGACAGGGGAAAAUUCUUAUAUGCAUCAGAAUCUGUCAAGAAUAUAUUAUACUAUAAUCAGACUGAUUUGAUUGGUCAAAGUUUGUUUGAUAUCAUUCAUCCGAAGGAUAUUUCCACCAUCAAAGAACAAUUGACCUCCUCUGAUGUCUCUCCUAGAGAUAGAUUCAUAGAUGCAAAAACCAUGAUGCCUGUUAAAACAGAGGUACCCCAGGACCAGUCACGCUUAUGCUCUGGGGCACGGCGAUCAUUCAUUUGUCGAAUGCGCUGCGCUGCAAAGGAGUCAUCUCUUGUAAAAACAGAAAGUGAGCCUGAUUUAGAUAAUGAUAUUGCCACAAAAAGGCGGAAAGAUAGGAAAACUUAUGUAGCAAUUCACUGUACUGGAUAUUUGAAGUCAUGGCCCCCUGCAAAGAGAAACCUUGUAGUGGAUAAUGAAUAUGAUAAUGACUGUAACCUAAGUUGUUUAGUAGCUGUGGGUCAGUUGCAACAACAAUAUGACCCCCAGGCGUGGUCUGAGAAUCCAAGGAUAAAGACACGCCCUGUGGAGUUUAUGUCUAGGCAUGCUGUAGAUGGAAAAUUUAUGUAUGUCGAUCAGAGAGCCACUACUAUGACAGGAUAUCUACCACAAGAGCUAUUGGGUACUUCAGUGUAUGAGCACUAUCACAAUGAUGAUCUCGUCCACUUAGCUGACUUUCAUAAGAGAGUUCUUCUAAAUAAAGACCAGAAACUUGAAACCAAUACAUACAGGUUUAAAACUAAGUCUGGGACUUUUCUACAUUUAAAAACAAAAGCAUUUAGUUUCCGGAAUCCAUGGACCAAGGAGCAUGAAUUCAUAUCUGCUAUAAACACAAUGGUGCCCAUACAAGAAGUUACAUGUAGUAGUUCGGGGCUCAUAGACUCUCCACUGCUGCCUAUUCCAGAUGAGGACAGGGAUAUUGACUGUCAAGCAAAAAAUCAACAAAAUCCCGAAACAGUAUUAUCAAAGAAAUACGUCAUUCAUUUCCCAGACCUCAUGGGCUCAAUGAAGCCAGGUGCUGGGAAAAUAGGACGCAAUAUUGCUGAUGAAGUAUUAGAAAUGCAGCAUGUCAACACAAAAGAAGAUGCUCAAUCUGCCCACUCUAAGCUUUGGCAUAUGUACAAGUCAGAGGCACGGAAAAUGCACAUAGCUCAAUGGGCCAUGAAAACGUCACGGCAUGGCAAUCAAGAGUAUAGGGGCAUGCCUCAACCCACCUACUCUACGAGUGGAAACGAAAGCUCAGCAUCAACAGUUAUUCAUGGAACUGAUAGAGAACCUGAUAAUGGCUUAGUGACAACCACUCAGAAUGGCUUCACUAACAUAACCAUGUCUAGUCCAGUGUCUGUAGAUGCAUCAAAUGCGUCAAAUGUGGCUGAAACUGAUGAAGCCUUGUCUGGCUUUAGUGAAGGAAAUGAUGAAGCUGCUAUGGCAGUUAUAAUGAGUUUAUUAGAGGCAGAUGCUGGAUUAGGAGGCCCAGUGGAUUUCAACGAUUUGCCAUGGCCACUCUGAAUAGUUUACAUCUACUGUAUUAUACUGAAUAAACAUAAUAUCCUCAGUCAAAUGGCCAGUUUAAUAGCUUUGAAAUGAGAAUUCAAAUGACAAAGGGAACAGCAAUAUUUCUUCAGGUCACAUGAACUGUCACAUGACCAUUUGCCUGGACUGGUUGGCACAACCUCAUUGGUCCGUUAUUUCAAAGGAUUAAAUUUUAUGAAAAUGCAUAUCAUCACAUUCCAGAUCAUUCUAUGGCCUUUAGACCACUCGAACAGUCAGAAUCGCUGAUACAUGAUGCACUGUGGGCCUCUAUUUACAACAUUAGAAACAUCCUAUUUAUAUGGACCAUUCCUUAAGUUACAUGCCAGUAGUAUUUUAUGUUGGGUCUCUUUUCUAUGUCCGAGCUGAAGCUGAAGAACUUUACAAAAUGAGACUUAAUAUAUUAGCAUGAACAUGCACAUGUAUGAACUAUUUAAGAUUUAUACAUUUUCAUGGCCAAUAACCAGUCACAUGAGGAUAUUUUGACGAUAUCAUUCCCUUGUUAUAUUUACAUCGGGAUUUCAAUAAAUACAAAAUGUUCACUAAAAAGGGCUUUGUAUAAAAAAAAACUGAUACCGCGUACGUAUGUGAGGCAUGAUACAGUCUUUGAAGCCUUCAAUUUUUAAAAUAUUAAGAUUAUUUAAUCUCCGUCUAUGCUGAAUUGUAGAUCCAUUAAUACACCUGUAG